CCCUUGGCCAGUAACCAUGGAAACAUGCCGGUUCGACUAAAUAUGAGGAAUUCUUUUUUUAUUGAAUGUAAACCACAGCGCAGUCAUCAUGCUGAUUCUCCUCGCUGCCAUCUUUGUCCUUCACAUCAUUGGCAUCAUCCUCCUCCUGGUGGCCACCAUCGACAAUGCCUGGUGGAUGACCGAAUCCGUGUCCACUGACGUGUGGGCCCGCUGGGUGCAAGAAAGCGGAGUGUGGAACUACACUGAUCUUCCCACAAUCCCAUCCUAUCCAUCGGAUUACCUCCAGGCAGUGCAGGCCAGCUCAGUGCUAGCUUGUAUAUUCUCCAUCCUUGGCAUCUUCGUGUUCGUGGCUCAGCUCUUCACCCUCCCAAAAGGAGAGAGGUUCACAAUCUCCGGCUUCUUCCAGCUCCUUGCAAGCCUGUGCAUCAUGAUCGCAGCCUCCAUCUACACAGACCGCUUCCACCUCGACGAAAAGAACGGUUGGUACGGUCACUGCUUCAUCCUGGCGUGGAUCUCAUUCGCCCUCACGUUUAUCUCCUCCAUAAUUUACUUUGUGCUACGCAAAAAGACGGCAUGAGAAGGACACUGAAGCUAGCUCCAACCAGCCCAAAGCCUCUGGCUGGAUCUACUCUUCCAGCUGAAAUCUGGUUUUAGUCGUAGAUGGUGUGAACAGUGUUUAUAUUUGCCCGUUGUGGACAUCAGAUUUGAGCUGCUAGUGUAUAUUCAGCUACAGAUAAAGCCUGUUGAUCCUCUCAAAUACAUACAGAUGUUUAAUUGAGCCUGCUGUCAGAUCGUCGAGGUUUCACACUUUGUGUUUAUUCAGGAGUAAAAAGGCAAGUUCAAUCAAUCACAGUUGUAUUUGAGGGCUGGAUUUCUAAGGCAUCUACAGAUUAAGAAUAUUUUUCGUUGUUAACUGAACAAAGUUUACCUUACGAUUUAAGAUGCUAUGAUAAAUUAAGAUCUAUCAAUGUUUCUGGCUUUUAACAAAGGCAGGUUGAAGAGUAAUAUCUGUGGUCUUUUUUCUUGUUGUAAUGUACAUUUACGUGUGGAUAUGAGUGUUGGAUAAAAAGGGGUGAGUUUAUGAUUUAAUUGUUUUUUUUUUCCCCUUAUCUUAUUGUUAGCUCAUCAAUUCUAUUUCAUUUAUCUGCUGUGGUCUUUUAGUUUAACUACAAUAUGACCUGCAAAGUCUUAAACGUCUUUAAAAAUCCAUUCCAAUGUCGCAUGCUGCAGAUUUGUGUGUGAUCUGAGGCAGACUGUGAUGAUGCAAAAUGUAAAAUCAGUAAAAUAAUACAGCAGCGUUUGUUUUGUAAUUAUUUGUGAUUAGGAAGACCUCUAACUCGUUGAGGUGUGGGGGUACACUACAUUAUUGUGUUGAUAAAAUACAUUUUUAAAUAUAGGACAGAGUAAUGAACCCCAAAGAAGCGGGACUUGAAAUAAUGUUCUAUUCGGGCUAUUCCAAAAGCAGCAAACAACAAUAUUUGAGAGAUUCUGAUUUCCACUAGCCUAUUAUGUAUGAAACCUACAUAAAUCCACUAAUCUUAUAUCUUUAUAUUACUGUUAAUCCACAGAUAUACCAGUAAUAUGUGCUCUGUUUCCACCCAGUGUGACAGAAACUGUGUUGUCUCUUAAAGUGUCAGAUAUUACUUGUAAAUAUGUCUUGUUUCCCAUAAUGCUCUGUAUGUCUAAUGCUGUUUUAUUUUUGCUACUGUUACUGCUCAUUAUGGAUGGCAAUGACAAUGAUUUUUACGACAUUAAAACUUGAUUUUC